AUUUUAAGAAAAAUGACAUUUUUGAAAAAUCUGAGCAAAUUGUUAUAAAGUACACAGAAAUCCAUAAAAAAAUUAAAAUAAAAUUUUUAUUUAACAUAAUAAAUUUAUAAAACAUUUCAAGAAUUUAUGUCCACAUAUUGGAGAUAGACAUAUUAACGAUCCUACAGACAAAUUUAUACGUGCGCGUCUAAUAGAUAGUCACGUGCGUUUCAAACUUUGAACGUGUUUUUCUCGAAACUACGUUUUUUAAAAUGGCGUGCAAUAUAACUCAACAAAUAUUCGAUCAGUAUAGCUGACAAUGAAACGGUGCAUGUUUAUUUUUUACUAAAUUCUUUACCGGAAGUGCCUAUAAAACUUGCAAAAAUAUCCAAACUAUUUUUUUACAUGAUAAAAAUGAAAAUUUUAUGUGAAAAUUUGACAUUUUUUUUUUUAAAUUGCGUAGAAUUUUUAUUUUAGUAUUUUUUACUAUUGGAUUUAGGCACUUCAAGUGUGUAAUUUUAUUAAAAAGACAGAUUUGUUCGAUUUUUUAUUUCACAAUGAAAUACUACAUUACACGCCAUUUGACCCCCUCAAAAACCAGGAAUUGGAGAGCGUUAUUACGUCGCCAUAUUUGAACUAAUUUGGCUUAAAAAUUUUUUUUUACUUGUACGAAUUAUAUGAAAUAUGUGAGAAAAGUUAUGGACUGUUCAUUUAAAAUCUUGUGCCGUAAAAAAAUGUAUGAAAUUCAGCUUUUUUUGGCCGAUUACAUGACUUUUUCCCUUUAAACUUAUUAGAUACAUUAUUGUUUUGUGUAUUAUUAUUACUAUAGUACUUAAUAUGAAAAUAAUCUUUAAUAAAAAUAUAUUUGUAUCAUAGAUUUAACUAUUUCGUAAAUCAUAGACACCCAGAUGUGUAAUUUAAAUUACAAUUUUGAUUUAAUCACACUGAAAUGUAGAGAUUAUUUUACCUGUUUAAUUUUUUAAUAAUAAGCCCCAGCAUGCCAUAUUUACAUUUCUAGCACUGAGUAAGACGCUAUGCUCUUCCUAUGCUAUCCCACUAUGCUAUCUGCAUAAACAGACUUGAAUGUUUGUUGUGAACAAAGUAUAAGUAGUUACAUGGUGAAUUGAACAAAUAAUUAGUAUAUUGUACACUGUCAAUGUGAUUUGUUUGCAACAAUUGACUACUCAAUUUAUGUAGUCUUUUGUUGACAGUGAAGUCAACGUACAACAAAAGUAGAAUUUUUAUUAUUAUGUUUUUCAUGAUUUAAUAUUUUAUGAGAAAAUUACUUUCUAUAAUUAUUAAACGAUUAUUAAUCUCCGCAGUUAAUAUUACAAAUGCAAAUCAAUAAGUACCCAUGUUUGAAGGCGGAGUUGCUGAUGCAAAUUAGCACGUGUAUCGUGUACUACCAUCUUUAAAACGUCAAAAUUUCAGAAUGCGAUAGUUUUGAUUUGACAGCAAUUUGUAAUAAGCGUGUUUGAUGUUUUUCGAUACACUGGAAAGACAGCAAUAUCAAUCCGUGAUUUAUUUUUUAUUUUUGGACGGAAAAACGUGCGAAGAAAUAAAAACGAAGUUGGAUGUCGUCUAUGAACCCUUUAUCAUCUAUAGCGUAUUCGAUUUAAAGUUGUCUGUUCUUUUUAGCUGCAUUUUUUUGCAUAAUUUAUCUUUUUUUUGUAACUAAAAAGAACAAACCAUUGACUCAGAGUAUGAUCGAGUUAACAAAUCGAAUACACUAUAUGACAAAUGUCAGAUAUUUGUUCAAUGAAUUCAAACGUGGUCGUUCAUCUGUUUUUGAUGAGGAGCGCCCAGUCCGCCUGGCAAACGUGGUUACCAAGGAAAUUGUUGAAAAGGUCUACGAUAUGAUUCUUGCUGAUCGUCGAAUGAAAGUGUGUAAAGUAGCAGAGGCCGUAGGCGUGUCGUACGGAACGGCAUUCAAUAUUUUGCACGAUAACUUGGGAAUGAAAAAGUUAUUGGUCGGAUGGGUGCUACGAUUGCUUACGGUGAACAACAAGUGUAUGCGCCUAUUAAUUUCGAAGCAGUGUUUGGAGCUGUUUAAGCGCAAUUUGCAGGAGUUUUUGCAUCGAGUCGUAACCGUUGAUGAAACAUGGAUUCAUCACUACACACCGGAGUCCAAGGAACAGUCAAAACAGUGAACUUCACUCAACAAACAUACUCUGAAGAAGACUGUCUCAUCGGCCAGAAAAGUGAUAGCCACUGUUUUUUAGAAUGCGUAAGGCGAGAUCUUCAUCAACUAUUUGGAAAGGGGAAAAACUAUCAUAGAGCAGUACUGUGCUGAUUCAUUAGACCGAUUCGAUGUUGAAUUGAAGAAAAAAUGGCCUUAUUUGGCAAAAAAUAUUUCUGUUCUACUUCGACAAUGCACCAGCUCACUUCUCCGCAGCAGCCACAGUUAAAUUGCGCUAUGAAUUGCUAUUGCACUCUCCGGAUUUGGUUCCAUGCGACUUCUUCCUAUUAUUAAACUUGAAAAAAUGGCUAAGUGGGAAGAGAUUUACAUCAAAUGAGAAUGUCAUUGACGAAAUAGGCCUAUUUUGCAGAGUUUGACGAGUCGUAUUUUUCGAACGGGUUAGGAAAAUGGCAGGGGUGUUGGGAAAAGUGUAUUCUA